AUGUCGAGCCGCAGCCAGACCAAGAAGCUGACGCUGACGCGCGUGAAGGACCUCUCGCCGGCGCUGUGCAACAAGGAGAUCAAUGUGAAGGCAAUCGUGCUGGAGUCCAACGCCAAGGACGAGGCCAACGCCAGCAACAACGCCACGUUGCUGGUGGGCGACGACUCGGGCUGUGUUAGCCUCGUGCUGCCCAAGACGGCGGCGCUGCACGUGCGGCUGGGCGACAUCCUGCAAUUGGCCAGCACGCAGCUGGUGCUCAAGAGCAACCGCGUGUAUUUAUGGGGCGGCAAGGUGGAGCGCGUGGGCGAGUUCCUGCUGCUCUUCAAGGAGAGCGCCAACAUCAGCAACAUCACGUGGGUCAAGGACCCCAAGAACCCGGACGUGCUGGUCAGACGCAACCCCGCUAAGAGACCCAAGCCGCAGGCUGCCAAGUAG